GCGUGUGGCUCGAGAGCCUGUCUUGAAACCAAAGAACUGUAAAAUGGUCAGUUUUUAAAAUCUGCACAUUUGGAAAAUAUAUUACAUAUUACUGCACAGGUUCCAUGCCAAUGAAUCAUUCCAAAUGCUCGUAUAUCAUUGAACACGAUCUAGAGGGAUUCUAGUCAUUUCCGAAAAGUCAUUGGCAGAGAACAAUAAUGGCGAUUUGGUUGAAGUUAUUCUUAGCUGUUUUCAUUGGUCUCGUCGCUUGUAAUUUCCAAGUGACUUCAGCGAAAUCAAACUCAUCCAAACUUCAUGAUGAUGAUGAUGAUGAUGAUGAUGAUGAUGACGAUGAAAAGAACAAAUGGACAAAACAAAACCUAACCAUCGCCUGGAUUUACAAGCCCCCCUAUACGAGAGGCCCCGAUAAUAGUUCCUCAGACAAUGAAGCACAUGGGAUAAUACGAGAUGCCAUGUUAAGAUACAUGAGUUGGGAUUGUAGCGGAGCAUUUGGCCUUCACUUCGAAUUAACGACACUCAGAGCUGACAGUGAAUCUGGCAUGAUACAAUUGCUGAAGCAAAAUAAAGUCCAUAUAGCUAUUCCCAUAUUUGAACAAGAAAACGAUCAAAAGUAUUCUGAAUUCAUCUUUUUCAAACUAGAGGAUUAUCCUGGAACGGAAUACAUAACUUUAGCUGAUGUUGAAAACGACGCUCUUGACGUCGUUUUUGAUUCUGUAUUGAAGUCUUGGCCAUUGCUUGCCGUCACCAUGAUUUUCACGGCCAUAGCUGGAGUCAUCAUGUGGGCUCUGGAUACAUACUGGAACGGGGAAGAAUUUCCACGUUCAUUCAUCAGGGGCUCAUGGGAUGGAUUUUGGUGGUCCUUUAUAUCUAUGACCACAGUAGGAUAUGGAGACAAGGCACCCAAGUCGGCCGUGGCUCGUAUUUUCUCUGUCGUCUGGAUCUUAUUUGGCCUCAUAACGAUGGCAAUUUUCAUGGCAAAUGUCACCACUACAUUGACAGCUCUCUCCCUGCAAAAUGAACCAACUAGCCUACAUGGUGUUCAAGUUGGAGUGAUAGGAAAUGGAACAGAAUAUCAACAUGCACUGGAAGAGCGUGCGCAAACAAAAAUCUACAACAACAUCGAUGACGCGGUCAAUGCCCUGAAAUCAAAAGAAGUCAAGGGAAUAUUACUAGAUAGCUAUACAGCCUCCUAUUAUCAGAGGAGGAAUAAACUGAAAACUCUUCUCGCUGUGAAGAAGUUUGAACUCCAGAGGGACGUAGGAGUGCUAUUUCAUGAGAACAGACGAGAUCUUGCGCACUGCUUACAAAACUACCAUCUCUCCGCCAUUUGGGAAUCAAUGCAAACCUUGACUUCUUCUUACGAGUUAGAGCACCAGACGUCUGCGAAAAGUUUCAAUCUGUUUGAUGCUUCCUCACCAUUCGUUAAGUACUUGAUGUAUAUAUCGCUCGGAGUACUGACUGUGAUGCUUCUCAUUGGAAUUGUAUCGGACAUUUUACUGAGAAAAAAAGGAAGAGGAAAGUUGAAUACCGUAAUAGCAGUGGCCGCGGCAGCUGAUAAUGAAGGCAUGACGACCAAAGGAGAUACAAUACGUGCUGAUCUUGAAACAACGCGAGCUCUUCUUCGUCAAGCAUUGGAACAGUUUGACCAAAUGGAAUCCAAAGUCUCGAAACUGAAACUGAUCUAAUGAAGUUUUAAAAAACAAAUUUUUGAGUCUUAAGGUAUUCGGCGAUAGCAAGAGAAUAUCAAGUUGAUAUUCCCUUGGCGAUAUACAAGUGUACCUAUCAUUUGCUGAUCAUGAUUAGCUUGCUAUUUUGUUUAUGUUAGCCCUUUGGCUUUCGUUUUUUAUUCUUUAUGAAUGAGCUAAUAAGCCAUUGUAUAAAGGCCAGCUUAAAUUUUGUAAUCAACUUUCGUAGCUAGAUUAACGUAUAGUCAUGGUCGAAAAUUUAAGAAAUAAAUCAUCUGAUAAGUGCCUGGUAGUCUUUGCUAUUUACAAUGUUUAAAAUGUGCCAGGCUGUUGAAGAACCCUUCCAUAUCAACUUCUAGCAAAGAGGGGAAAAGAUUAGAUAUUUGGCCCGUUUAAAGUUUCCUUGCAGUGAGAUAAUUGGGGUAUGUAUACGAGUUUCUCUUUUUAAUAGUUCCAAUAGUUUAUUGUUGCUGAGGUCAAAAAGUUCGAAGCAUUCUCUCUCGAAUUCGUUGAAACAGUGUCACUUUAUACUUAAAGCCUAUGUCACAUAAUAUGUGAGAACAUAACUGCUUGUUAGAAAAGGUUUGUGUUUAUUCAUAUCGCUGUAAUCAAACAUUGUAAAAGAAUAAAAA